GCCACGGGGUUUUAAUGAGCAACCAACCUUGUCAGCUUUUCUGUAGCCACACGCAUACUGACACUUCCAAGGUAUAAGACCGAUAAACUUCUGUCUGACAUAUUUGUGGGGAAGGCUCGAUGAGUGGCAAAUACAGGUUCAGCACCAGAACUCUCUCCACGUGAUUACGGCAGACGUUAGACCGGGAGCACGGCAACAAAGGGUUUACCGCUCUCAUCCUAUAUAUUCUAAACCAUGUACAAAGACACGGACGACGUGUUAAGACGAAAAGUUCUGGCGACUUUUCCGCCUAUUUCUGUGUCUGGCAAUAGUCGUCUGCGACGCGCAGAAAGUAUGGAAUCGUUAUCUCUUUACAGCAAGAGUAAGGCAUCCAACAGUUGGUCGAGCAGCAGCUCACAAAGCACUCAGCCGUUGAUGAAAAUCAGGAAACGUACAACACAUAACUUGAUUAACCCACGAUACAGCAGGGCACUUGCGGAGGAGUCACCCCUAUUAACGAGAAGCCAUACAACAAUUGGACUUAAUACGAUGGGAAAGGAUACUGUCUUACAACCUGCAAAACGCGCUGCGAUUAAAACGACCAAUGAAGGCAGUAUUGUUCAGCCAACACGGGAACGGAAAACGAGUAAAGAGGGGCGGGAAUCCUCGACUACUGCCUCGUCGUCGCUCCCAAAAGUUCAAGAGGAGCAGACGAGUAUGCCAAUCGCCCGGCCGCGAAAAGGUAUUCAACGAGAACUGACUCUUAUCAUAAAAUACGAAGGAGGCGAGUGUGUCCAAGAGACUUUCAACGGAAGACGUGCAUCGCUAACUUUACCUAAAGAGGACGAGAAUGCUUCUGAAAUUGUAGGGUUUCUGGCUCCAGCAAAAAACCAAAGCAUUUUGCAGUGGCUUGAAAAAUGUCACUUUACUGGAUUCGACGAUGUUGAUCAUGAUUCAGUGGACACACACGACCACUUACCCGCUUUAGUGACUAAGGAAACCGAUAUCACCACGUAACAAUGCUGACGUUAAAGUCAAUCUCACUGCUAUUUACAACGCUGCGAUGCAGUUUAAUACAACUAGCCGAUUUUCUGGAAAUUUUAAGAGCAUAAUUUGUUCUGUUUUUAUUUUGUGUAUGUUUUAGUCACGUUAUGAUAACAAUAUGGCAGUUGACUGUCCCCUUCCGUCCGUCACCAACACGCACAAUUCAUUGCCGAGAAAGGACAUAAGUAAAUUAGAAUAAUUUAUUUCUUUUACGUGGAAUUUUCCGUUCUACUGAAAGUAUAUUUUCUAUCUAUUGAACACGUUUACGACACUCGUAUAUUUUAUGUACGAACACCAUCUACAGACCAAUAGGUUAUUUUAAUAUUGCCUGUUUUCAUUAUUAGUUGAGCCAUUCAAUGUUGUACGUUUCUUUCAUGCCUUUGGUUGUAAAAUAGUCUGGACAAAAUAUUAAGUUUAAUUAAGGUUAACUUUAGUUGGGCCGGUACUACAUUUUUCAACGAAAAGUAAAUUAAUUUUCAUGUUAUCCUCAUUUUCCGUUGACUGCCCCCUCCGCGCAUGAUACUAUCUGACAACAUUUAGGCCUAGUCUGAUUAAAAUAAGAUACUAAUUUGGGCUUGUUUUUUUAAUGUGUAUUUAAUUGUUAAUUUUAUUACAAUUAAUUAUUUAUCUGCUGGUAUUUUUUAAAGUUUCGGUAUUAAGAUAUAUGUAAUAACAAACAAAAUCAAUUACAACAUAAUAACAAAUAUAAAAUAUGUUAAAUACAAAAAAAUACACGCCAUACAUUACAUCCGAUUUUAAUCAGAUUAUCCUAUAAUAAUAGUGAAAAUAAAAAGAUAAUUCAUGUACGAGUAACAUGUAAGGAUGGGAGGGGUGAUUUUAUAACUAGAAGACAAUCCCUUGUAAUUUAAUGCAAUCUGUAUACCAUUUACAUUGUACCAAAUCAGUGGUAUAACACACAACUGUACUCUUCUUUUGAACGUAAAUUAAAAAAAAGAAGAUAUAUUGAUGACCUGGCUUGAUGUCAACAAGCCCACAAAACCAUA